AUGGCCUUUGCAGUCUCCCUGGCCAAGCUCCAGGCAGAAGCCAGCUGUCCUAUCUGCCUCGAUUACCUGAGAGACCCAGUGACCAUUCACUGUGGGCACAACUUCUGUCUGUCCUGCAUCCACCAGCGCUGGGAAGACCUACAGGACAUCUUCCCCUGUCCUGUGUGCCUCCACCACUGUCCUGACAGGAACUUGAAGAACUCCCAGUUACGUCACCUGACUGAAAUUGUUAAGCAGCUGCCCACCACGAGGAGCAGGAGGAAAGGGCAGGAAGAGACCCUGUGCGAGAAGCACAAUCAGGUUCUGGCCCUGUUCUGCGAGGAGGAGCUGGAGCUGUUGUGUCCCCAGUGCAGGGUCUCCUCUGAUCACCGGGAUCACCUGGUGACACCCAUUGAGCAAGCUGCCGCUAGUCACAGGAGGAGGCUCAAAAGCUACAGUGAGCCCCUGAGGGAGCAGGGUGAGGAUGCUGAGAAGAGGUUAGAAAUCCACAUUUCAAAACCAUUUGAAUUGCGGGGAAAGAUGAAGAUUCAGCAGGGGGAAUUCUACUCUGAUUUUAAACAAUUUAAGAGUUUCCUGGGGCAGCCCCGUGGCCAAAUGGAAGACAAUGCUGUUCAAGAAAAACUGAAUGAAGACGAAGUAAAAUUCUGA